AGCUUGGUUUUCUGACUCAGGAGGGCCUGGCCCCGGGAGUUCCUACCCGCUUCCUGUUUCCUGUCUCCCAGGGGCAGCUGCCCUUUCAAGGGCGGUUCUGGAGCUGAGCUUUCAGAUCACGUUUGCUGAAACAUGUAAGAAAUGUCGUCUCUACUUUAAGGUGCCUUGGACACUGUCCUCUCCUUCCUCCCUUCGUGGUCCCCAAAAGCCUACAGUGUGUGGGCCCCAAACGCAGAGACAAAGAAUUCACAAGAGCGCUUGGCGCCGGGAGAUGAGAAACACGGCCGUUCCUCUCGCCCCUCGGCCUGCAGAGUGAUGGAGGAAGAAGAAGACAAACAGAUUCUGCAGGAGAAUCCCACAGGAGUGCUGUUCCAGGAUGCUAGAGAAGCCGUGUCACAAGGUCUGAGGGAGAAUGACCUGACCCCAAAGAGACUGAGGCUCAUCCUGGUGGGGAAAACCGGAAGUGGGAAAAGUGCAACAGGAAACAGCAUCCUUGGCAGGAAAGUGUUUGAGUCUAAACUCAGUGCUAGCCCGGUGACCAAGGCCUUCCAGAGAGGGAGCCGAGGAUGGGCUGGGAAGGAGCUUGAGGUGAUUGACACCCCUGACAUUUUGUCCCCUUGGGCCCCACCAGAAGUGGCAGCUCAGGGCGUCUGUGGAGCCAUUGCCUUCUCCUCCCCGGGGCCUCACGCAGUGCUCCUGGUGACACAGCUGGGCCGGUUCACAGAAGAGGAUCGGGAGGUAGUCAGGCGCCUCCAGGAGGUCUUUGGAGUGGACAUCCUGGCCUACACCAUCCUGGUGUUCACUCGGAAGGAAGACCUGGAUGGUGGCUCCCUGGAGGAGUAUGUGCGAGAGACCAACAACCAGUACCUUGCCCAGCUGGAUGUGAUGUGUGGGCGACGCCACUGUGGCUUCAACAACAGGGCAGAGGGGGCAGAGCAGGAGGCCCAGCUGAAGGAGCUCAUGGAGGAAAUCGAAGGAGUCCUGUGGGAAAAUGAAGGCCGUUACUAUAGCAACAAGGCCUACCAAUACUCCCAGCAACACAUUCUGCUCAAAGAAGUGCAGGAAAGGCAAAUAAUCAAGGGACAGGGCUCUGAGGAAGUGCUCAGUGAGGAAUCCUGGAUGGAGGAACUGCGCCACAUCCAGAAGGAAUCUGAGGAAACUCACAAACAUCUCCUGAAGAGAGCACCCAUUUGAGCAUAUCCUGGCCUUCGGCGAGGGACAGCUGUUUCCUGUGAGCCUCCCUCAGCCCCUGUGUCCAGCUUCUAGCCCAUCACUUGCUCUCUUCAUCCCCAUGGGCCAGUGGUCAUCCCAGCUUCCAGGUCAGUGUCUGGUGUGGUGAGAGGUGCGUGGGGUCCAGAGUUCCCAGUUCACAUCCCAGGUCCAGCAUCACAUCUUCCAGAACAUGCUCUGUUCCCCUCCAGCAUGCUCUUCUCAUGUGGAACCUCACAUCUCAUUGGCAUCACAUUUCUUGAGGUACUUGUCUUUACCCCAAUAGAACCAAAGCUUCCCGAGGGCAGGCCUGUGCCUCCUUCUUCCAUGUCACCCCCACAGCGUCCAGGUCACUGGAGUCACUCAUUAAAUGUUGAUGUAGCAAAUCAGUGUGGACAUCGACCAGGUGACUUCACAUCUCUUGGAUUGUGUCCUUGCCCGUAAAAGGGGCAGGCACGACUUUGAAGGCAUGUGCUGUGUGUGGUGGGUCAGAACAUAGCAAUGGCUCUGUGACAUGUGGGGAGAGACAGAUGCUGGGCUGGGGAGGGGAAAGUGAGUAGAAACAGGGAAGGGGCAGAAGGAGCGGCCCUUUUAGUCACUCUUGAGGAGGCCAUCGAAUCGUAACAAAUGAGCCCUAGGGGAACUUCCUGGUGGGAAUGAUGAGCAAAGUGGGGCAGGAGUAUCCAAGAAGUCAGACCUGGUCAAGAAGGGGGACCUGAAACGUGGCUACAGGAUGUGGAGGCCCCCGGAGGUGCCCAGCGGGCUGGGGCAGAGGAGGAGCACCUCCCUGCCGGAGACUUAGCUGAGGGAGGUUACACACCUGUUACUUCCCCUCAUGAGAUCUGCCUUCUGGUGUCAAAAAACAGGUGAUUUUCAAACUUGCCUCAGCCUUACCUCCAACCCCUUCCCUUCUCCCUUGAUGGUGGGGACAAAGCAUGGAUGGGGUGAGUGUCUGGGUGUGUAAAUGGGUUCUCCAGCAAGGAAUUUAGGGGGGUGGAAUGGAGGGAGGCAGAGAAGAAAGGGAACCUGCCAAGGAAGCAGUUGAAUGACUUAAACAUUGUAGGGAGCAGCACGCUAGGUUGGUGGGGAGAACUCUGCAGCCGUGGGUGUCUUUCUGGAGGGCUGCUCCUAUUAACAUGGUUCAUAAGAAGCGACACGGGAUAGGAGAAGAGAGCAGGAUGUUGUCCUGGCUCUGGUGUCUCGUAGGUGCCAUCUAACUGCAUAAGGAGACUGAUGUACCUCAGAUGCACCUCAGCUUCGUUGAGGUUCAAGAUGCUCCUGGGGAGUCUGAUCAACUGAUGGAAACAGAAUAGGAGAAAAUGGGGGGAAAAUGUCUCCCACUAACACUCCUCUUUUCCUUUCUUCAAGCUACGUGGCAUAGGGUCUGCAGCUACCUUCCCCUGGGAGGGGUGGGAAGUGGAGGUGGGGGUGACAGUGCUGGGGGACAAUCAGAAAUCAGAGGACACAGCCUCAGGUCUGUCUGGAUGCUCAUCCGCUGGUUGGAGAUUCUCUGCAAUCGGACCCCAGGGACCUGCGCUCUCCCAGUCUGAGGCCAUGGCACCCGUCUUCCCCAGACAUGGUGGACUCCUAAGAAAGCCUGAGCAUUUCUUUUGCUAAAAGAUUCAGAAAAGUGUCUCAAGGCAGAACAGGGACUGAUUUUGUUGUAUGCUUAAGAUAGUCCUUGUGCCGGAACCAUUUAUUAAAUAAGUGAUCCAUUUCCCACUGAACUGAAACACAAUUUUGUCAUAUAUUAAAUUUUCAUACUCCCUAAGAUCUGUGUCAGGAUUUUCAAUUCUGUUCCUGUCUCUACUUUUCUACUCCUGUAUGAAUAAAAUAUUGAUUCCA